AUGCCAACGAUUUGCAUCCUCCCGUCGACUCGCUCGAUGCUCUUGGCGCAUCUCGGAUUCCGUGGCAAAGGCAGUAAAGAUGUGCGGGAGUUUAACGAGAUCGUCACGAGGCUCAAGGCACGUCAUGACACCAAAAUCGUGCUUCAUCUCUUUUCGAACAAUGGUUUCAUUUUCUUUGGAAGCUCCUUGGUGCUUAACCCGUCCCUCGGAAACUUGAUUUCUGCCAUCGUUUUCGAUUCCUGUCCCUGUCCCAUCACGGACGAGGUGGCAGCAACUGGGUUGCUGUCGGCGAUUGCGCGAGUGAAUGCAGAGGAGGCUCGGAGAAAAGGGUGGUGGGAACCUCUAAGGGUUGUGUGCUCGCCCCUGGUCGCCUUGAUGAACCGGAGACAAACCCUCAUAUGGGAGACAUGGAGGACGGCAUUCCCCCGAGCUCCGGCCUUGUUUUUGUACAGCCGCAGUGAUGCUGUGGUGCCACCGGACGAGAUCGAGAGGUUCAUAGCUGCUUACGAGGUCAGUUUGAGCAGUGCUGGGCUGCCGGUGGAAAAGGAGCAGUGGGAGGAUGCAGAGCACUGUGACAUGUUGUUUUUGCAGGGGAUACUUUAUUCUAACACCAAUUCUACACCAGUUUUGCAAGCUCGCAGCAGCAAAGCCAAAUUCUAA